AAGCUUUCCUCAUGUCAAGGCGACUUAAUAAAAACUUGUCAAAUGCUGUCUAGUAAUAAUAAUGUAUACAUAACAGAAGAAGAGGUGUAGCAUUUGCCCAGAAAACAGAGAAAGAAUCCACUGUCCAUUUCAAGAAGCACAUCUUUCCUUUUUCCUCUCUCAAAAGUUCCGUAGUUGAAACUUAUUUUUCCCUUCAGGUUCUUUUUUUCUUAAUUUGCAGAAGCCUGUGAGAGAAGCACCUCUCUGCUUGAAUGGUUGAUACCAUCAAAACUUUGAUGCCCACUGUUAUUUACUUCUCGUUUCUUCUCUCUUUUGGCUCUGUUAAAGAAGCCUGGUACUAUCGUUGCAUUGGCCUUGACCCUUGAGAUAGGAUUUUCAUAUAAAUUUAUCCCGUUGUUUUCCUUGUGUCCUAUAACUGCAGUGUUAUUGAUAGAUUUAAAUGGAGAGAAAGUUAAUGAAAUCAUUUUCUGAAAAAAUAUGCAUGCAGAAGGCAAUAAAGAAAGGGGAAGAGAAUAAGAAGGUGAAGAAUAAUAGUACUAGGUUGUUGAUUACAGUGAAUGUGUUGGGUAGUGCUGGGCCGUUAAGGUUUGUAGUGAGCGAGAAUGAUAAGGUUGCUGUGGUCGUUGACACUGCUCUGAAACAAUAUGCUCGCGAGGGCCGACUUCCAAUUCUGAGUUCAGACGUCAACGAUUUCUUUCUUUACUCAACCACUGCUGGAAUUGAUGCUCUGGGACCAUUGGACUCGAUUGGAUCACUAGGAGUGAGAAAUUUCAUCCUUUGCAAGAAGCAAAAACAGCCACUGAUGACAGAAGGAAGGGCGAAUGGGAUUGCUCAGAAUGGGAAAAAGGGUUGGAAGGCAUGGCUGACUAAGUCCUUUAGCUUCAAGAUUCAUUCACAUUGAAUCACUUUCUUGUGCCCUUAGUUAAUUGUGGCUUCGUCAAGCCUAUAAGUGUUGUGUAUUAAUAAAUGAUGUAUAUAUAUACAUCAACUCCUUGUACCGACCGAUUCACUCUUAAUGUGCCAUAUGCGGUUGGAUUAGUCA